CCUCCAGGGUCUAGCCGAGGAGCCGCUUCCCACGAGACACCGCGCCUGGCCUGGCCCCCGCCUCACGCGACUCCUGGGGGCGGGCCCAUCCCCUGGAGCCCCGCCCCCUUAGCCAAAUUCCGGCCGGACCGGCCUCGCUCCGGGGGGCGCGAGCGAUGGGCUCCGCCCCGGGGUAGGGGCCGCGAGCAGCCGGGUGGGGAGCCGCGGUGCCGCCCCGGGAGGAGGCAGCGGCUGCUGGGGGUCGCGCUCAUGCUGCUGUCGCUCUGUGCCCUCAGCUGGCGGCGGGGAGCGCCAUGGAGCAGCCCGAGGGGAAGGAGAGGUUCCUGCUGGAGGCCGCCGCCGCCGCCCCCCCGAGGCAGACGGGGCCCGCGCUGGAUUCCUGUGAGGCAUCUCCAGAUGAGGGACUAAUAGAAGAUUUGGCUAUUAUAGAUAAGAAAGCUGUGGAGCAACUAACUGAAGGAUUGAUUUCUCAUUAUUUACCUGAUCUUCAGCGAUCAAAACUAGCCCUCCAAGAGCUCACACAGAAUCAGGUAGUGUUACUAGACACAUUAGAGCAAGAAAUUUCAAAAUUCAGAGAAUGUAAUUCCAUUCUUGAUAUCAAUGCUUUGUUUUCAGAAGCUAAACAUUAUCACAGCAAGCUAGUGAAUAUUAGAAAAGAGAUGAUGAUGCUCCAUGAAAAGACAUCAAAGUUAAAAAAAAGAGCACUCAAACUGCAGCAGAAGAGACAGAAAGAAGAACUAGAACGAGAACAGCAACGUGAGAAGGAACUUGAAAGAGAGAAACAGUUAACAGCAAAACCAGCUAGAAGGACAUGAAAGCUGAGCAUACAUCAACUUGUCUAAAUCAAUUAUUUUUAAAUUCUCUGGACUUGUUAAGGCAGACUCUGUUAUCCUGGUGAGCUAAAGUUGUUACUGGGAAAAGAGUCUCUUGUACAGUAUUAUAAACUCCAGAAUGCUAAGAACCAAUUGGUAAAUUGCUGCUUUUCCAUUUCAGCCAUUCAGGAUGCCUUCUUUUCUAAUGCUAUGCUGUUUGAUAGUAAUCAUAAUGUAAAUUUAGUUUUGAUAUAUGCAGGAGAAUUUAAAUGUCAUAAUUUUAAUUACAUAUCUAUUCAUUUUCCAUUUGUUUUUUCUGACGUUUGAAAUAUUGGCUAAGAAAUAGGCUGUGUAUUCUUUCAGACAAAAUGUUGAAUGUGGUUGGUGCAGUUUGGGAGUUCAGUUAUGAUCCAUGGACAUCCGCAGCUCUGAGUUUGCUUCAAUUCAGAUGUCUUUGUCUUGUUGAGUCCACAGGUCACAAAUAUCAGCCUUCUGUGCCAGUUAGGUAUAGUGGAUCUCUCUCCGCCAGUUGCUAUAUAACUGAGUGUUAAAGCCAUAUGACAUUACUGAUCAUGUGUGAGAAAUACAAAUGACCUCCUUAUGUUGGGACUCUUUCCUCCUUUCUUCCCUCCUCCCCCCCACUCCCUCCACACACUUAGGCUGAUGGGCCCAGUUCAUUUGGGUGAAGACUCCUUUUAUUUCAGCAAUCUUCCUUGGAUCUUAUAACUACAUGAUUUGAGAUGAUCACUUCUGACUAUUCCCCAAGCCUGACAAGAUGAAUGUGAAAAACGUGUUAAAUUAAGAUUAGCAUAACUAAUGCAUGCAUGGUACAAGAGUGAUCCUAUAAUGGAGUUGCCAGCCCUUGUGCUUGGAUAAAUGCUUUCUUGGAUGGCCCUGAUUCAGGCCAAAGUAAUUGAAACUAAGGUAUGGGUUAAAGAGGGAGACUAUGAAGCCAAGUCAAUUGUAUUGUUAAACAGAUCUCAAAGGAUUCAAAAGUUGUAAAUUUCAUUGUUUUCUAUGUAAUAGACGCUAUUUUAAAUUCAUUUACAUCUUCAGGAAAAAUUCUUGCAGUAUGAUAUUAUUUCAUGCAAUUGACCCAGUUUUAACGUAAAUGAGAGAAUCUGCUUCACGUGGUUUAAUUUUUUCACCAGUGCUGAUACAAUCUUUC